GUCAAAGGCGGCUUCGAAAGCUGCCUCAAACUACAAAGGACUUCAGCGACAGUACGAGAAAGAAAAGUUCUAUGACUAUGCGGAAUACGACCGGAGCAACAUCAAGACUACUUCCAGUACGACAGUGUCUGCGCCGUCAGUGCCAGUAGAACAUCUGCCAUGGGAGGGCGGGACGAAGGACAAAGACAUCACUGAUCCAGCGAAGGGCGAGUCCAGUAGCGGUGCAAAGGGCAAAGGUUUUUCCUCAGCACGCGAAGGCGGACUCCUAGAGAGAAGUAAGAAAGGAGGGGCCGGCGCACCCAGCCCACGCAAGGCCAAAAGUCUGUAUAAAAA